AUGGCGUACUUACCAGCACACAUCUCAGGCUCAAACCCCUUCGAAUCUCCAUUUCUAGACCGUGAUAUCUCAAGCCCACCAUUCUUACCAAUCUAUCCCACUCUCCGUCCAAUCAAAGAGCCUCCCCGCCGUACACCAUCUCCACCAGCACCAACAAUCUACCUUACAGGCUACCGCUGCCACGCUAGCGACCCAGAAUAUAGAUACGCGAGGGAGAAAACAGGAGAAAUCCAGCCAUACUGGUUCGACGAAGCGCACGGUGCUGCGGACUUCAACGAGGGAGUGAGAAGGAGGGCGAGGAAUAAUAUGGCACCCCAUGAGGACGAAGUGGUGGUCAUAGGCCUUAAUGAUGAAGGGAAGGAGAUGGAUAGAGUAGCAGCUAGAGGUCUAAGGGAGAGAGCCAGGGAGAGGGCUUUGAUGAGGGAGGAGGGUGAGUGGAGGCUUGGGGGGUAUGUGGAUAUGAGCGGAGAAAUCGGAGGUAACGAUUUGGAAGACAGGAUAAUGAUCCGUGAGGAACAGUGGGAGCAGCUGGAGGCAGAGAGGGAGAGUUUGCAAGAAGAGAGGAAGAAGCUCAAUGUCAAUGAGACGGAAGAAAAGCGACAGGAAAAGGAAGAGCAGCAUGCUCGACGCGUACUUAUUCGUGACCGCGCGCUUGGCCUGCUAGAUUUUCAGAAGAACACGAAGCUAAAAGGCAAAUCGAAGGUUGAAAUCGCAGAGCGGCAAAACGUAAACGUUGAUUCCCUACAUAUUCCAGGCUUAAGCAGCUCCAAGGACAAUAUUCCUGUUCUCACCGAGCCGCAAUACUCACCCGCUGGCGAAGGACUCCCCCCUCCUCCGCCACUAACAGUCCGCAAUCCAGACCUUCCACAAAUGGUCACGCAGGAAGCCUCUACACCAACGCGCGGCCGAGGCCCAACGCGUCGCAGAGCGCCCACACCUCCAUCGUUGAAGAGCUCUACGACCACCGAAACCGAUAUCGACGAUCACAUUGUGCCUGUGCCUGAGAAUAGUGGACUGGUGAGAGACGUCGGUACAUUGGAGAGGCAGGUUCCAGAGAACAGUGGACUAGUACAGGACUUUGGUACGUUGGAGAGGGCGAGAGCGCGGAGGGCCGAUAGCAAUCGCUUCUUUGCGUGUUGCGUUGGAAGGAGGAAGUAG